GAGAGAGGAGGAACCAAUGAAGUUCUGACUUGUGAGCUAAAAGAGGGACAUGAACGGAGGAGGAUGAUACGGAGAGACGCGGCGUUUGGAAAAAAUAAAGGAAGAGCGAAAAUUUAUUCACUUCCACGCUUCCUGUCUGCUCCCACGCGGCGUUACAGUGCCACGAGAGGGUCGUCAGUGAACUCACCCCUCUCUACCCUCACAGCGCAUUUCUACAGCACGGCGCGGCGCGGCUCAGACUCGUCCUGCGUGCGGGGCGCACCACACGGCACAAACAAACACCCAGCCAGGCUUAUCACCCAGCCUCCGAGUCCGCAGAGGGGCAAAGGGCCAUGGAGAGCGCCGCCAACAGCUCAGACCUCCGGAGCCAGCUCCCGUUUAUCGGUCAGAACAGCAGCAUCUGCCGGAGCUUCAUCGACAACAGCAGCUUCGCCGAGAUGCGAUGCGGCGGCGACGGGAGCGGGGACGACGGUGUGUCCCGGAGCCUGGACGGAGACGCCAACCCCGUCAUUAUCGCUAUCAUUAUUACAGCUGUUUACUCCAUAGUUUGCAUGGUGGGGCUGGUGGGAAACGUGCUGGUCAUGUACAUCAUUGUAAGGUACACUAAGAUGAAGACAGCCACCAACAUCUACAUCUUCAGCCUGGCCCUUGCAGACGCCUUGGUCACCAGCACGCUUCCCUUCCAGAGCGUCAACUACCUGAUGGGCACCUGGCCGUUCGGGGACAUUUUGUGCAAAAUGGUGAUGUCCAUCGACUACUACAACAUGUUUAUCUCCAUCUUCACUCUCACCACCAUGAGCAUCGACCGCUACAUCGCCGUGUGCCACCCGGUCAAGGCGCUGGACUUCAGGACGCCGCGGAACGCCAAGAUCGUCAACGUCUGCAACUGGAUUCUCUCCUCGGCCAUCGGGCUCCCGGUGACGUUCCUGGCCUCCACUGUCACCAACGCCAACAUUAUCGACUGUAAGCUAGACUUUCCCAGCCCUGCAUGGUACUGGGAAACCUUAAUGAAGAUCUGCGUGUUCAUCUUUGCCUUCAUCAUGCCCAUCCUCAUCAUCACCGUCUGCUACGGGCUCAUGAUCCUGCGGCUCAAGAGUGUCCGAAUGCUGUCGGGCUCCCAGGAAAAGGACAGGAAUCUUCGAAGAAUCACCCGCAUGGUCCUGGUGGUGGUCGCCGUCUUCAUCAUCUGCUGGACCCCGAUCCACGUCUUUGUCAUCAUCUCUGCUCUGAUCAACAUCCCCAGCUCCACCCUGCAGACCAUCACCUGGCACUUCUGCAUCGCCCUGGGCUACACCAACAGUAGUCUGAACCCCGUUCUUUACGGCUACCUGGACGAGAACUUCAAACGUUGCUUCCGUGAGUUCUGCACCCCGAGCGCUUCGGUGCUGGAGAUGCCGAACUCAUCCAGAACCGGAGCCACCAGCCGCAAGGCCCCAAGGCGUGAACACAACGGCACAAACACGAGCGAGAGAUCCAAUCAGCAGGUAUGACUAGCCUUGGAGGGGUCGUCGGUGGACUCCCGCUGUUGCGGAGGAGCUGCCAACGACGAUCUCAACUCUGAAGUCACGCAGGUCACCACAGGGCUAUAAUUAGUGCACGAAAACCACACAGGCAAGCCUCAAAACACAGAAACACGGCCGACACGGGGGGAGCACAGAUCACCUUCGCCUCUCCCAGCUUCUGUAGUUCUGCUGGAAGUCGGGUUGUAAACCUGCGACUUCAUCCUUUGCGAUUCGAAACAAAUGAUUCUGCCUUCAAAGAAACAAGACAUUUUUAAAUUCAAGAAUCAUAAAAAAAAAUCACUUUUCUAGUUUGAGAAGGACUGUAUGCUUUACAGGUAGAAAUAUUUCCUGGUAACAAGACAAAGGGAUUGAUUGAUCUAUAAAACCACUUUUACAGCCUGGUAAUAUGGUUCUUUCUGCCUUAUUAAUCCUAACCCUCGGCCCCAGCUCUCAGCUUAUCUGUAACGCUUUAUGAUGAGCUAACAAAUCAAGUGUUUGCCUUUGUUCGUUGGCCUUCAUGCCACUUUUCCUCCAGAUGUUCUUUUGAGGAUGGAUUUGGCUGAAGAUUGUUGGAAAGAAAGGGUUUGUGUUUGUCGCUGCUGGAAGACUGCGUGGUAUUUUGGCCUUCAAAGAGACUUCACUGGACGGGAGGUGAAAUUCAAAACGAUUUCCCUCCGCUGCGCUUUUCAAAAUGCCUUUGUACGGCUGCGGCGUUGGUGGGGACCUCACCUGGACAGUUGACACCGACCGCUCCGGCUUCAGCCACUUCAGGGCUGCUCCUCCCGUUGCCGUACAGCAGUCAUCCCGUUUCCUCACCUAAGAUGUCACCGCGGUGGACGAAUGAAAACUGGAGAAAUUUCUGAAUGUACAUAAAGGGAACCAUUUGUGUUUGUCGCAGUGAGUCAUUCUGCCAAACUGUGCUCCAAACCAGCAAGAGGACGCGUCUGCCUGUCUGUCUGUCUGUGCAGCCUGCACAGCAUGCCGUUUUAGUGCAAACACGUGUCUCUGCUGGUGUGUGAUUAGCUGCUGUUGAGCAGCCAUUACAGCAGCUAUAGCUUUUAUAUGAAGGAACUUAUAGUCGAGCCAAACAGGAGCGUACAGCACAUUGUGUUAAUUCUAUGUAAAUAUGCUUGUGCCGACAUGUCGUGUAUCUACAUGUAAAAUGCCUUGUUCAGUCGCUCUGCUUGAUAUUCUCUAAACCAUAUAUUUUUUUUAUAAAGCUCUGUAAAAGAGGAAAAUCUUUCUAGAUGUAAACCUGUGUAAGUGUUCAUCUGCUUAAAUAUAUGUGGUGAAUGCAAACUCAUGGAAAUUAUCGUCACCAAAUGGAGAUUUGUUUUUGUUUUUUCUAAUCAGAUGUGUUGGUAACUGCAAAUGUUUUCAAAUCGAUGUUGCAAUGUGACAAACUUUCUGCUUUGAGUAAAAUGCGUUGCUGAUGUCACUUUGCGCAGAUAAUUGGUAAAUUUUUACUUGCACGGCUUUUCAGGCAUCUGUAAAAAAAUAAAAUAAAAUGUCAAUUGUAAUUUCUCGCAGAUGGCUGAAAACAUAACGGCUGCCACCAUCUAUAUAAUCCAUAAACUGUAUGUUUGGUACUUUUAGAUGUCUAAGCUCGAAAAGGCAGAGUAGCGACAUGGAGCAAUCAACCCAACCGUAGCGGCUUUGUUUGAUUUGUUCUUCAGGAAAAUUCAGAGCAACUCAGAGGAAAACAACUGGACAAUUCAUGCACCAGUACAUAGACACAAACUUAAUCUGGUAAGUUUGCAGCACCCCUAACUUUAUUAAAGCACAUGAUAUCCAAAAACAAAAUCUUACCCCAGAAGAUCCAGAAUGUCAAAUAUCAUGAAGAUUUGAGUUUUAAAAUUGUGAAAUAUAGGAAGUUUUUUGCAAACAAAGUUUACUUCUGGCUAUAGCUACAAAGUUAAUAAAGUUGUAUUUGAACAAACUAUUUGAAAGAAAUAUUUGCCCCAAACCAUAGACAUGGUCCUUAAGGUAGGGAUUAUAAAUUUUGCAAACAUGAUUCCAGCACUAUUUCUGCAACGUGGAGAUGUUUGUUUUGCAAAAGCGGAACAACAGAUUGGGACAAAACUUUGUGGUUGAAGCGAAUGGCAGAAAAUUAAAUAUGCGGCAACUUAUGAAAUAUCAGGAAAUUUGCAUUUCAUAUAAAUUGAUAUAACUCAUGAAUAUCUAAAUCUCUUUGGAGUAUUAUUGUGCAAAUCAGUGCUUCAGUUUACACGUGAAACCAUAGCGCAUGUUGACAUUGGUGCUAAUAACCUGUAGCAAUUUUUUCCUACAAAAAAUCUGUGAUGGAGGCAUGAGUUUGUAUCAGAUACACCAGGAUCACACCAAUAAGAAUUUGGUGACUUUUUUGUUGUUUGGAGUAGCUGUUACUACAACAUUAGUACUAGACUGAUAUGGAUGCCCGUUCCCAGAAAAGGGUCCAAUCAACUUGAAUUCCUGCAUAUUUUUUAAAAGGUAAACAAACAAACAUCAGUGCAGGUUGAACAAUAGGAAGCGCUGAAAGCAAGAAGCUCACAGCUCUUCAGAGCAAUGUAACCUUGCUGUCAGACAGUUUGAUGAUUUUUAAGCCCAAAACAAUUUUCUUGGUUACUGGUGUGGGUUUUGCUUCUCAUUGGGUUAAAUUAUGGAAGAAACAACCUCCAACAGGACAGACAUGAGACAAAGAGAGAAAACGGAGAACUGUACCUGCUGAGGAGAACUUAGAGUACAUUUACAUGUGCCUUUUUUCCCCCAGCUUCACUAUGACAAUGUAAAGACGACAACAUAAACUGAAGAAAUAAUGACUGAGAUCUUGUGGUAAGACAAAAAAAAAAGAGAAAAAAAUAUAGUUUUCAAACAUUUUGAGAUGAGUAAAAAUAUGACGCCUUCGGCUUACUUCAGCUUUUGUUCUUGUCUAAACUGUUGUCAAAAGGAGAGGUUUAAAAUCAAUUUCUUACUUUAACCAUAGAGGCACAUUCGAGCAAAAUUCGGACAGUUGUGUUUCUAUGAUUUAAGAGGGUUUUUUUUUCAUUUUGACUAAGAAAUACAACAUAAUCACAUUUGAAAGACAUGUGGCAAUCUGAAAGCCUGACCUCUCUUUCCCACUGAUUACAAACACAUUUUUAUUUUCAUACAAGUCUUACUUUAUUAUCUUUGUUAAAAGGCAGACAAAACCUCCACUUAUUUUUUCUUCCUAAUUGUAUUUGUUUGCUUUUGGAUCCCAUUUGUUCAUAACUUCAGAAGUAAAUUUUAUGCAAAUGGAAAAACAUUUGACUAGGAUAUAUUUUGGGGAUAAAAUUAAGCUUUUAAGGUUUUUUCCCCCCCAAUAAAGUCUCCUCUAUGCCUUUAAACAAAACAUGUCUUUCAACAUUUCUUUUCAUGUCAAACUAACUUUCAAAAAGCAUUUUUCACAGUAUUUCAACUCAAUUUUCAUGUUCAUUCCCUUCAACAUUUCAUGCUUUAUUUCCACUAGAAGAAGACAUUUUGUCAAUAUCUACCUUUGUAGUUGUUUUUCUUUGUGUCUAAAACAGAAAGACUUUAUUCAAUGAAACUUGUAUUUAGCAAGUAAAGAACUCAGCCUUUAGUUAGAUAUUAAAUUGCAUCCAUAACGAAACAUGUCGAUACUUUGUAUAGGACCAGCUUGAAAAGAGAUUUUCUUUUCUCCGAGGGAAGCAGAUGGAGCAUGAGCGAAACGAGGACCCUCAAGGGAUAAUAUGCUGCUUUCAUGAGGCCAAUACUUGCUUUUUGAACAAUUAAUCAGUAAAAUGUCCCGCUUUUUAGGACAUAAUUUAGAUGAUUUACAAAAAGACAUAAACAAAAAUAUAGCAAUAAUAAAAUAAUAAAGACAAUUCCCCACACAGAGCUCUGAUUGCCGCUCACGAACACAAAGCUACAGAUUAUCGCUACGGGCCUGCUGCUUUCUGUGAAUAGUCUAAAAUAUAACAUUGUUCCUAAAUUAUUGCUUCUGUAAUCAGAUGCACAGACCUGAAGCUCGAAAGGCAGCAGAAGCUGCGCGGCAGGAAAAUAACAUAACGAUGUUGCGUUUGCAUUUACUUGUAGCACAAGGAAGACAACGACUGUUCAUUUCUGAGCCAUUUCAUCUGCGACGCAUCAUGACUUGCUUGUGUUGUGGUAAAUAACUCGUCCCGUGACUUAUUCCAUGCCACGAGAUCCAGUUUUGAAGCUGCAUUUAAUCUGUUGUCCAGACACUGGUGUCUCGUUAAUGGAUGCCAUUCUAAGAUGCUUUAUUGAUAUUAUUAUGGAAAAGAAGAGCAACUAUAAAUGUCACUGAAUGUCUUUCUUUCUUGCGCCUGAAUAAACGAUGAGCUGUUCUGAA